UGUGAAUGUUGGUGAUGGAGCUUGUGGUAAGACAUGCUUGCUCAUAGUCUUCUGCAAGGACUAAUUCCCAGAGCUUUAUGUGCCCACAGUGUUUGAAAACUAUGUGGCAGAUAUCCAAGUGGAUGGAAAACAAGAGGAUUUGGCUUUGUGGGACACAGGAAGAUUAUGAUUGCCUAAGGCCUCUCUCCUAUCCAGACACUGAUGUUAUACUGAUGUGUUUCUCCAUCGACAGCCUUGAUAGUUUAGAAAACAUCCCAGAAAAAUGGACUCCUGAAGUCAACCAUUUCUGUCCCGAUGUGCCCAUCAUCCUGGUUGGGAACAAGAAGGAUCUUCGGAAUGAUGCGCACACAAGACAAGAGUUAGCCAAAAUGAAGCAGGAGCCGGUAAAACCUGAGGAAGGCAGAGAUACAUCAAACAGGAUUGGCGCUUUGGGGUACAUGGAGUAUCUAGCAAAGACCAAAGAUGGAGUGAGAGAGGUUUUUGAAAUGGUCACGAGAGCUGCUCUGCAAGCCAGACGUGGGAAGAAAAAAUCUGGGUGCCUCAGUUUGUGAAGCCUUGUGCAAGCACAGCCUUCAUGAGGUUAAUUUCGAAGUGCUGUUUAUUAAUCUUAGUGUAUGAUUACUGGCCUUUUCAUUUAUCUAUAAUUUAUCUAAGAUUACAAAUCAGAAGUCGUCUUGCUACUAGUAUUUAGAAGCCAGCCAUGAUUAUUAAUGAUGUUCGACCUGUCUGCCCAGCCAGGGUCUUUCUGACACUUCUCUAACAGCCCUCUCUGAACUCCACCUGACACCAGGCACUGAGUCAAAGAAGUUCUUAACUUCUUGCUUCUUUCUAGAAAGAAACAGUUGGUAACUUUUGUGAAAUAGGCUGUAACUGCUUUAUAACUAACAUGCCCUGCCUCUCAUCUGUCAGCUGCAAGGAACUCUGGUGAGUCACUACUUCAGAGCUUUCCUCCUAACAGAUCCCAUUGGCAGAGCUCUGGGGAAGGCAUCCAGCUUUUUGAAAACUUGCUCAGCCAGAAAGGCCCAAGUCCACACAGCUGUGGCAGAGUUACAGUUCUGUGGUGUCAUGUU